UUAGAGAUAGGUGCUGGAUUUGACCAUCCAUACUAGGAGCAAUGGCAUGAGCCAUGACCACAAGCUUUCUCAACGUCGUCGCCUCCGUAUCUCAGCUUACGUGGGCUUGUUCUCGUGGCAAAGGCCUGCCAUUCUCAAACUUGUUCGGCUAUGUGAGUAGACAAAUUUCACUUGGCCGAUUUGUAUUAUACCGCGCGAGGCUGAGUCGGCUUGAUAAGGUGAAUUCCUACCUAAAGUCUCGCUAAAUGCUAUCAUAUUGAUCAUCGCUUGCGUGGCGCUGCUUGCUUUAAUCAGCAUGGGAAGCUCGACCGCUUUCAACGCGUUGAUAUCGCUUCCGGCUCUA